AUGGAGGAGGAUGUGCAGUGGGCUACCAAUGUGACAGCAGAACUGGACCUCAAGAAGUCUGAGCGUUGCAGAGCGCGAGCGGUGAAGCUGGGACGUAUAAAGUGGGACACACCUGAACAGGAAGAACCAGGCUGUGAACCCACCAAUCACAAUGUUGAACGCAUCCAGCCAGAGGAGAGAGAGAGGAAUUCAUUUUCAGAGGGGAAGAUAGUUGAUCAGGGAGGACCAGAGAGCAUCAAGGAGAUCUGCCAGAGGAGGAAGUUGAAGAAGUCAGGGUCCUCAUCCAAGGUGGCCGUGGACAUACCUGUGUUAGGACCUGUAGACACGUUUGACUUCAUGAAGGCAGCGACUCAGGGUAAACUCAAAGUGGUGGAGAAAUAUCUGGAAGAUGGAGGAGACCCCAAUUUCAGUGAUGAGGAAAGUACUAGUCUAUAUGGUAUAUGGUCAACUUAUCAUGUCACAUGAUCUGGAUUUUAACUUCUACUUCAUCACAAUCCCGGAUCCGGGAGCACCCCCAUCAGUAAAA